GGAUGGCGGACGACACAUCGCAAUGCUUCCAAGUAGAGGGCUGCGGCCGGCCCAGUUUGCGCCUUUGGCCUCACGACAGUCGACAGUCUUACGAACCAACGCUACAAGGAAGUUUUCGUCCCUUCCCCGAACUGCGAAUCUCACAGGGCCAUCAUGUCGAACGAGCCCGCUCCAGUCAGCGCUGUGGAAGUCGGGCGCGAACCGGACCCAUAAUGUCAUGAUGAGUGCGUCGACUGUUCGAAACGCAUCAUGGUAUGCUCCUUGGAGCUGGGGAAAGUCCAGCAGUCCCGUCGACGCCAGCUCUCUUACACCUGCCGACCGCGUCCCCAUCGCCGAAUUCUCGCACCGUCCCGUCUCCGAGUUUGCGCACCAACACGCCGAGCCUGUCGUCACCACUUCUACUCCCGAGCUCGCUCCUGCCACCAUCGACAAGCCCGCCGUCGUGGAUGGAACAGUCGCGCCUGUCGAGGCGGUAGUAGACAGCGCGCCAACGCUGACGGAACCUAAGACACUCGACACUCUCUUCGAUGCUGAGCCUGUCAAGGACACUCUCCCCACAGCUGAGAUUGACCCCACCCGUCUCAUCGAUCAUGCUGGACAAUUGAAGGAAUUGGGUCUUGAUUACGGCUGGGGUAUGACGACUCUCUUCGAGAAGUGCAUCGAAACCAUCUACCUACAAUCAGGUAUGGGCUGGGCUGGCUCCAUCAUUGCUGCCGGUGUCGUUGUCCGUUGCGCGACCUUCGUGCUCCAGGCUCUCAGCUCAGACAAGAUGGCAGUCAUGUCCUCACUGGGACCCGUUACCAAGCCUAUACAAGAGAAGAUGGAGGCUGCCAUUGCUCGAGGCGACAAGCAACAGGCCGACAUAUACAAGAUGCAGCAGGCCGCAAUCAUGAAGCCCUACGUUGGAGGCAUGCUUUCCACUGGAGGUUUCAUGAUUGCGCAGGCCUGGAUUGGAUUUUCGGCUUUCAGAUUCCUAAGGGCUAUGGGUGACCUGCCUGUCCCUGGCAUGGCGCAUGAUGGCUUUCUGUGGUUCACUGAUCUGACCAACCGCGACCCUUACUUUAUCCUACCGGCGGCGACUUCAGCUAUCAUGUAUGCUGUUUUCAAGACUGGAGGUGAAACUGGUGUGCAGCCCGAUACUGCCCAGGCAGCUACACGUCAAAAGAUGUUCGCUGGUUUGUCUGUCUUCCUCGGUGUUGUCACUGCUUUCCAGGCCUCUGCUCUCCAACUCUACUUCCUGAUGUCCGGUAUUAUGGGCGGUGCGACUGGUUGGUUACUCCGCCAGAACGGUUUCAGAAAAAUGAUUGGUAUCCGACCACUACCCAGCAAAGAGAGCAACGAGCUCUACACCAAAGUCAUUAAGGGAGAGGCGAAGUUGAGCCAAAUCAAGGGAGCAGAUGGCAGGCCUCGUUACCAGCCACCCACCCGCACAGCAGCCCCGAAGAACCGUCGCCAAUUGUCCGGCAUCAACAUCAAACCAGGAGUUGUCCUGCCUGCGCAUCUCAAAACGGAGGCACCCAAGACGAUCGACACAGAAUACCCCGACCGUGACAUUGAUUUCGAGGAAGGCGCCAAGGGUAAGCCAAUCAGCGAGAAGUUGGACUACUACCGCAGAAAUUACCGUCUUGCCUACAUUUGGAGGCGGACGGGCAACGGCAUGGACCGCAUGAUGAGAUCUAUGGGCUUUGGAGACAAGAAGAUGUCAUCCGAGGAGGCCAAGAGGAAGAAGAAGGCUGAUGACUAUGAGAUUGAGAGGAGACGCAGGUUCCAAAAUAGGCAAUAGAGAUUUCCCGGAGAUGUGGGGGACAAUGUAUGAUAUACGCGUGUUGGACCUUGUGUUAGUAGUAUGUGCAUCUCCAAAAGGGCUGGGAGUUAUCUAGUACGCAUGGCGAGAGAUUUUGUAUAAAUACCAAGAGACGCAUAUGCUCCCGAUCACAUUUUGGAAGUAUCGCUGUUCACA